AUCUCACUAUACACUACACACGACAUUUCGCAAUCUCGCAGCACCGGAGUAGCGGUGUCCAAAGCUUCUAUAUAAGACGACUCGUUGCAUAAUUUCCACAUUGACGCACACACAUCUGCCCACUCUACACAUUUGCAAAGAUGGGGAUACAUCGGUUACUGAGAGUCGUGCUGCUGUGUGCAGUCAGCUACGCCAGCGCCUCCGCUGUGGUCGAUGGUGAAAACUAUAGAACGGCCCGUCAGUCACCAGGCAGCAUCUUCAACAUUGGCAACGGUGAGCAGUGCCUGGGCAGCGACAGACUGACCGGCGGUGUCUGCUUGUCCAGAAACCAAUGUAACACUCAAGGAGGAAAGGCUAUCGGUUUCUGCGGAGUCUUCGCUACUUGCUGUUCAUUGAACGCAUGUGACAUCCGCACGCAGACGAAGGUGGCGGUGUUCAUCAACCCUCCUCUGAACAGAGAGUCCUCCGGCCUGGAGUGCUCCUACAACGUGGAGAUCAACAACAACAACGUCUGCCAGAUGAGGAUCGACUUCGAAACCUUCAACUUGGCUCCUCCUACUACUGUGGAACCUGUGGAGAAUGUGACGCAGCGUCCAGGCUACAUCUGCAGGAACGACAUCUUCCAAGUGACCAACCUGCAAGCCAACUCCGACUUCUUGCCCCCACUCUGCGGAGACAACAGUGGACAGCAUAUCUACGUCAGAGUGAACGCCUCGACCAACAGCAGAGCUAUCCGCAUCAACUUCAAGAUUGCUGAUCGAAGCUCUCAGCCAAACCUCCCACAGGCCACCUGGAAGAUCAAGGUCACACAGCUUGAGUGCUUCAAUACUCUUGGCAAAUACCGUGACGGCAUCCUCGAGACCUGGACCAACGCCCUGCCCGCAACACCAUUCACAUCAUCAGCUGACAGAGACGAGUACCUCAUUGCGCCCCCUGGCUGCCUCCAGUACUACCCUGACCGAGCCGGAGCCUUCGAGUCGUUCAACUACAACCGGGGAGCUGGACCAUACAUUGCCAACCUGGUGUAUUCCACCUGCUUCAAGAAGAGCCCUGAUGUCUGUGGUAUCAAAUUCACAUCAGCCAGCUUCAACCUGGCCUACAGAGACGAUGCGAACCUGUACCUCGACACUGAUUGCCAAGUGAACCCAGUCACAAGAGGAGCGCCUCAGUCUGAGGACUACUUAUUCAUCCCUGAGGCCGAAACCGCUGAUGGACUUAGAGGCGCCAAGUUCUGCGGUAGCAGUGCGGCAUCGCAAAUCAUUGCCUCCACACCACCAGGUCCCCUCUACGUGCACUUCCGAAGUGACAACUUGGUGACCGAGAAUAUACCCGAAGAAGGAUACAGGUUUAACUAUAACGUCUUAAACAACUGCUUCUUCAAAAAGUAGUUAUAACAACCGUUAUUUUUAAAUAAAACCGAUAAAUGACAACGUUUAUUUUUAAGAGCUAUCGUGAGACAUACUAAAUUAACUAAAAAUCACGGUUUACUCAUGUAAUACUUAGUAUGAGUUGAGUAGGCGUGAGUCGCCCCGUCUGCGCACGCUGCUCAUGAUUAAGAGUCCCUCUGUGACUCGAAACUAGUAGAGCUUUUCUCAAUUAAUUUACGUGAUUUUUAGUUAACUUUUUAUUUAAAUAGAUAGCCUUUCUGAAUUGAAUUGUAAUAGUUGUUGCUAUCUAUUAGAUAAAACUAUCAAGGAGUUUUGAGAAUUGAAAAUUAAGUACAAUCAGCUAAUGUUUUGACGUGUAGGAGACAUUUUUUUGGCAAUAAAAUUAUGAAUUUAGAGAGUUAUGUAGUCAGUAAUUUUGUUGAUUGUACUUACAAAAUUAUAUAUGUAUAUUUUUUUUUAUCAAGACAUGACAAGUAAUUUUUAUACGAAAAGUAUUAUGAAGAACAAUUUUGAACAUACAUAUUUACUUUUGUAUAGCGUUUUCAGUUUAUUUUUUUAUUUGUUUUUUUACAAAGUUUAUGAGUCUAUUUGAGAUUUUUUUGUUAUAAUAGAUAAAAUACUCGCUUUUUAAAAGAAAACGACACCUUCAAGUUGUUUUUAUUAAGAACAACGUGAGAGGUCUUAUUUUCAAAACACAUUCGUCGCUGUCACAAAUGACAGCUGUCAAAAAUUUCAACAUGGCCGCUUUAUGUCACAUUUUUUGUUGAAAUUAUGUGAUUUAAUGGCACUAUUAAUUGAUAAUUUAUUAUUUUGAUUGUUUAAUAAUAGUGUGACUAGCUUUUCAUAUUUUUAAAUGAUUUUUUUUUCUAAUUAAAUAUUUAAAAAUGUAAUCAACAAAUAAGGUAAGAUAAAUAAAUGAAAAUAAUAUUAUAUUAUGUGUAACUAGUAUGAGACAGUGUUGAAUGUGUUCAUUCAUGACAAGCAUAUAUAUGUUUAAUUGUAAGAUGAGAUGCAUUUAUUAAUUUUAUCUAGGGCAUUUAAUUUGCAUUUAUAGAUUUAAUAAAGAAUUUUAUAAAAUUA